CUGGAGGACCUGCCCACCCUCAGUCUGCCCAAGGAAACCCUCAAGGCUCACAGCCGCCUGGAGCACAGCACCCGCCCGGCCUUCAUCCACCACCGUGAGUCCCUCUGGAAGCGGUGCCUCAGCGCCUGGAGGGACACGGGGCUGUGCGGGGUGCUGAGGGAGAUCGCCAGCGCCGAGGAGGAGGAGGGGCUGCAAUGGGUGAAGACGACCUCGAGCUACACGCUGGCCCUGUGCCGCUGGCUCUCCUCGCUGCACGGCUCCUUGUUCCCACACCUCUCGCUGAGCAGCGAGGACAUGAUCGCGACGUUCUCCCAGGCUGUGGACUGGGCCGGCUGCACCGUCCGGUCCUUCGCCUGGCACCCCCACACCAGCAAAUUUGCCGUGGCUCUUCUGGAUGACUCCAUUCGGGUCUACAACUCCAGCAGCGCCACCGUCCCCUCGCUGAAGCAUCGCCUGCAGAGGAACGUGGCUGCCAUGGCCUGGAAGCCGCUCUGCGCCUCCAUCCUCGCCGUCGCCUGCCAGAGCUGCGUCCUGGUGUGGCACCUGGACCCCACCUCCCUCUCCACCAGGCCUUCAUCCGGCUGUGCUCAGGUGCUGUCCUACCCCGGGCACAGCCCCGUCACCAGCCUGGCCUGGGCUCCCAGCGGGAAGCUGCUGCUCUCAGCGUCACCCGUCGACACGGCCAUGCUGGUGUGGGACGUGUCCACCGAAAACUGCGUCCAGCUGCAGUGGUUUGGGGGUGGCGGUGUCACAUACUUGGCUUGGUCACCCGAUGGCAGCAAGGUCCUGGCAGCCACCCCCUCUGCGGUGUUCAGAGUGUGGGAGGCUCAGAUGUGGACGUGUGAGCGGUGGCCAACUCUCAAAGGACGCUGCCAGACCGGGUGCUGGAGCCCCGACGGCAGCCGCCUGCUCUUCACGGUGCAGGGCGAAUCCGUCAUCUACUCCUUGUCCUUCUCCGAGUACCGGGGUGAGAUGCAAGGGCAAGUGGGAGGCUCGAAAACAGCCUCUAUCGUGGCAGAUCUGUCCGAAACCACCUUCGAGACACAUUACGGGGAGGAGAGGAUCGGGGGAGAAAUCCACUCCAUGGCGUGGGACCCCACAGGCGAGAGGCUCGCGGUGAUCAUCAGAGGACACCCUGACGCACCCGGCAGCCAAACGGUGGUGGCCGUGUUCCGCACCCGCAACAGCCCCGUCUUCGAGCUCCUGCCCUGCGGUUUCCUGCGAGGCGAGCGCGGCGCCCAGCCCCAGCUCAUCGCCUUCCACCCCUGCUUCAGCAAAGGUGCCCUCCUCACCGUGUGCUGGGCCACGGGGAGGAUCAGCCACGUCCCCUUCUUCUUCGUCAGCGCCCGCGGGCCCGGCGCCAGCCCCGGCCGCAGCCCCGUGUCCGUCAUGGCCAGCGCCAGCGUGCGGGAGCAGCCGCUCUUCUCGGAGCUGUGA